UAAUCACUCUAUCUGUUUCUAUCUUUUUCUUUAAUUCUCCCACGCUUACUACUGGUUGUACUAAACGGAAGGGGGUAAAUUCGUUGGUGGAAGAGGAAAGAAAGAAAAACAUUAAAAAGAACAAAACAAAAAGAAAAUAAUACGCGCGAGUUAGAUAGCACUGGCGGACAAAGUUAGUUAGUUUAUAAAAAGAAGAGAUCAUCAUCAUCAUCAUCAUCAUCAUUGAUGCAAAAAAUAACUCGCGAUAUGAUACGACAUGACGGCAAAAAUUAUAACGAUUGAUAAAACGAUAAGGUUUAAUAAAUUUGCCGAACUACUGAAAGGUUCUUGCAGUUGUUGUUGUUGCUGCUGCUGCUGCUGGUGGUGGUGGUGGUGGUUGUGCUGGUGUUGGUGGUGUUAUACUGAAUUAAUUCUUCCAGAACGAAGUAACAUAAUUGUUCGUUCUUGAUAAUAAUAAAAACAAAAUAAUUGUUAUAAUUAUAAUAAUAUAUAUAUAAAAAAAAAAGGGUUCAAAAUGAACAUUCGAAGGUUGCCCGGUUUCUUCUAUCACUAUAAAAUGUUUGGUGGUCUUUUAGUAUCGUUAUUCCUCUUUGUUAUCUAUCUUCUAUUUCACUGGGGUAUAAUGUGCACGAACUUAGAAGCUUGGCGACACGUUAUCAGCGUGUGUAGAACACACAAUGAUGGUACGGCUAUGGGAAUUUUAUGUCAACCACUUUGCACCGAAAAGGGCAUACAUUCUUUGGCAUGUGAAACAUUGCAUACAGGCAAGGAAGCUGUAUUUUCUGCACACUGGGAAGCUACAAGACUCGUAUUUAAAGCUUACAGAACUAAAACAACAUCGGAAGAAUACGAGUCAUUAUUUUGGAUCGAUGCUUUCGAUGCUAAACAUUUUCCAACUGAAGAAGAUUUUGGAACUAUGAUAAAGGAUCUAGUUAUUAAUAAAUUAAAUUACACUGUAACUACGCAACAAAUGCAAAGAUUAGCACGUUUGAGAACACACAAGAUUGAGGUUGAUACUAAACGACGUCAAUUGGAAAUGGAAAACGUUUGGCCACUUUUACAGGAAAACGAAUAUUUAAUAACAAUUUUAUUCGAAGAUCGUGACGUAUUUCCGCAAUUAAUUGGCACCUGUGGAACAUUUUAUGCAGUUGAAUACGUAAGACCUAUAGAAACACCUACGACGGCAUUGGCACUAUCCGACUCUAAACCAGAAUGGGCCAAGAGAUUGAAGUUAGCCGUCAUGAUCAUGGAUCUACUUGAAGAACUUGAGACCAAUUUUCCCGAACCAUUUUAUCUAUGUGACGUCAAGAUAAAUCAUUUCGGAUUACCCCUCGGUGGACAAAAACUCAAGUUUCUGGAUUUGGACGCUGUAUUUCCUAAAACCAUAAUUGGACGUAUCACGGCUGAUGGGAAACCCUGCAAGGGACAUGAGGAUUGUGAUUUUUUCGAUUGCAGAUCGGUCUGUUCGAAAAAUCAUAGAUGCGAAUCACCGGUUGUCAAUAAUAAUUUACAGAUCAUAUGCGAGAAAAUUUUUCUCGGUUGGACCUUAUCAGGAACCAUAAUUUUACCUGGUUUAUUGAUGUCAGAACAUACAACUAGUUCACUAGCUGUUCUAUUAAGACAGUGUGCUAAUCCAGCUGGUGAUACUGCACAUUUGCCACGUGCAUCUGUUCCGGAUAAUUUGAAGAUAAGAUUGUACAAUACAUUGAGCGAUAUGGAACAAGAAGUAUCUGCUUCCUUAUGAAAGACACAACUUAAGAAUGAAAACAAACGUCCUCUGUUAAAUAAUAAGUCACGCACAUAUUACUUUCCCUUUCUCCUAGCACCCACCCCCAACCUCAUUUCUUUUCUAACAUAUAUAUAUAGAGAGAGAGAGAUAUAUAUAUAUAUAUAAUGUUGAUAUAUGACUCAACGAUAAAUUGAAGAAGAACAGAAAAUCAAUGAUUCUAGAAUGAUUAUAUCUAACAUAGAUACUUACGUGCUUAGGUUAAUCGCCUAACUAUUUCUAUUACUAGCAUGUUCAAAUGUAACAAACAUGUUUCAGGUCUAUUAUGCGUAGAACGUUUAUUGACCCUUGUGUAAAGAAGAGUUUGACCUUGACAAAAUAAUUAUCCAAUUACUUUUUC